GUUGUGCAUAGUUCCGUUCACUGCAGGUGCACUGUGACGUCGUCGACGCCCCACGAGACGAUGUCGGCAUUGGACUCAGUCAGCGUCGAACCAAACACCUGCACACACACACAUACGCACACACACGGCUGCAUUCAGUGUUGUGCUGGUGUGUCUGUGUCUCGUGUGGUGCUGACGAGGUUGAGUGUUGGUGUGGAGUGCGGGAUGGUGACGUCGACAAGGACCCUGAGCCGGUCGGGCUGACUGGCGCCGCACACGUUCACGCCGAAUUCGCGGCAAGUCAAAGUGGUCAUGGUGGGGCACUGCAUGAAUCCACAGUCAUCCCUCUCUCUCUCUCUCCCAGUGACUGACCAAGUUGUGUGAGCGUGCCCACACGAUCUUGUUGCCGGCCUUCAGGUACACACUCUCGCCCGUCCACCUGCACACACACACCAGUGCAGUGCACACGUCCAUUUGUCGUGUGGUAUGGGUGGCUGUUUGCUCUCACCUGUCGAAGUAGUGUAUGCGUGCAGUGACUUUGACGUGUCUGUGCGGCGGGAGCUUCUUGUACAGCCGCGACACGCUGCCCCGCACCAGUUUGCCGAGGAAGACAUCCGUCGAGUAGCCGCACGUCGACCGGUCAGCCCGAUCCCACUGAUUCACACCAUCCUACACACGAACCAACACAGUCGAUUGCCAAGUGGCGCUGUGUGUGUCAUGCUUGCCAUAGAGUCGACGAGUGAGAAAAUUGCGAAGGGCGUGUUGCGGCCACCUUGACGCUCGCGGCAAUCGUCGUGGCCACGUCGCUCACAGUGAACACAACGAUGUCCUGGCCCUCUCUCGCUGAGCACCCGAACACAUUAACUGCUCGGCGGAGCAGCAGCUCACUGUUCUCGCUGAGCAGCUCGAGAGGCGCCAAUGACGGACUCGCGUCACUCACAAACUCUGCACGCACGAAUGACACAACCACACUUGCGAGGCUUGUGUCGGUCUCUGUGUGUCUCGCUUACCCAUCGGGCGAUGGUGCCUGCGUCACGAGCUCAACAACAGACACUCUCACCCGACAAAUCCUCACAUUGUACGCGCCUCAGAGUCCGCAAACUGAGUGUGGGAAUCUGCUCACAGUGAACAAAGUGCUUAAUGUAGUGAUCAGUACUUACCCAACUCACCCACCAGGUCUCCUCAUCGCGUCCGGGCAAUGAGUCCAAUCACUCUCGACGCCCGAUCGAGGAGGCGCGCACGCGAGAAGAAAAAACGACGAAUGCUCGGCGAAAGGGCCUUUGGACUCUCUCUGGCUGUGUUCUCUGUUAUUUGCAGGCCUGAUCUAGUUCGCCAAAGGCGAGGAUCUCUGCGGCUGUUGCGGUGCGAACACUGCCGGUGCCGCCACGCGCCCCCUUGCCGAACGAAGCGCCAACUGUGUGUGUGGGACGCUGCAGAGGCAAGCAAAUGAG